UUCUGACAUUUGACACCUCACAUUCUUUUUGAAACGUCGUUUUGUGACGUUCUUCCUAAAUAUUAUUUGGUAACAAGAAAUCGGCAAUCAUCGCUGAUUUGAUAGUUUAUUUCCAUUCGAAAGCCUGGUAAAUAUUAAGCAAAUAUGCCACCAAAGUUCGAUCCCACUGAAGUUAAGUAUGUUUACUUAAAGUGUGUUGGGGGCGAAGUGGGAGCUACAUCUUCCUUGGCUCCUAAAAUCGGUCCUCUAGGAUUGUCCCCCAAAAAAAUUGGAGAUGAUAUAGCCAAGAAUACAGCCGACUGGAAAGGUCUGAAAAUCACUGUCCAGCUGAAGAUCCAAAACAGACAGGCCACCAUUUCCGUUGUACCUUCUGCUGCCUCUCUCAUCAUCAAGGCCUUGAAAGAGCCUCCAAGAGAUAGGAAGAAGCAAAAGAAUAGUAAGUUUUUAAUGUUGUUUACAAAUUUUUUCUCAUAAUUUUGAAAUGGAGUU